CAUCCGGCGUUUUGUGUCACAUCAGCCCCGGAACAGUGUCACUAGGUUUCCUGAGGCGGAGGGUCAGGCAGCGAGCGCGGCGCACCGAGGCUCAUGACCGUCCUGUUCCUCGGCCCGCGGGGAUGAUCGGUCGCCCCUGCAGUGGUCCAGAGGCUAUCACUAACAGAGAAAGUGUCCUGUGCGGCCAGCGUGCGAAGGCCAGUUUGAGUAUAAUUUAGUGACAGUUUCCCUUCAGGAGCCAGUACGGGCUUGGCUUCGACUCCCACACAGCUGACUGUGGACCGCCGGAAUAUGGAUCACAAACUUUCACAAUUGAUAGAGGAGCUCACAACUUCAGGAGAAUCUCAACUGAAUGCUCAGAAAAUGAAGGAACUGAAGAAAAUUUGCAAGUCUUCAGAGGAGCAGCUGAGCCACGCCUACCACCUGCUGAAGACACAGCUGACCCAGGACCAUGCUGAGAUCCGCCUCUCAGCCUUCCAGAUUGUGGAUGAGCUCUUCACCAGGUCUCAUCAGUUCAGAGUGCUGCUUGUUUCUGACUUCCAGGAAUUCCUGGAGCUCACACUAGGCACAGAUAAUGAGCAUCCCCUGCCUCCCCCACGGGAGGCAGCUCAGAGACUAAAGCAGGCAGCCAUGCAGGCUGUGGAAGGUUGGAAUGAGAAGUUUGGGGAGGCCUAUAAGAAGCUAGCCUUGGGCUACCACUUCCUAAAACACAUCAAAAAGGUGGAUUUUCGGGAUGUCAAUGUUAGGUCUUUGGCAGAAAGGAAGCGAGAAGAGGAGAAACAGAAGCACUUGGAUAAAAUCCACAGAGAAAGUGCUGAACGGGCUAAGAGAGAAAUGGAAGAAAUGUCUGAUGAAAUUGGAUACAGCCUGACAGAAGUGGAGAACUGCUUUAAACUGCUCGUGCCCUUGGACUUUGGCCCAUACCCAGAGGAUAAAUUCUUUGGUGAGGCAUCUGGCAUAACAGAGGGCCAUGUUCCUUAUGUCUUGAGCCCAGACCUGGCAACUUCUCGUGAGUCUGGUCUCCCUCUGUCUCAGAAUGAAGAGCAGCCAUGCUGUAGCAAGGACCUGGUUGACUCUGCAGACCAUGUAGGAUCUGUUGUUGGUCUGAAGGCACUGGCCCUAACAGCCACUCAAGACCCCUCCAGGGAUGAGGAUGAGCACAGUGACCCAGAGGAGUUCCUGAGGAGCCAUGGACUGGGAUCCCACAAGUACACACUGGAUGUGGAACUCCCCUCAGAUGGUCUGAAGGUGCAAGAGAAUGAAGACAACCUUGCUGUCCUCCAUGCUGCUAGAGAUUCGCUCAAACUCAUCCAGAACAAGUUUCUGCCAACUGUGUGCUCCUGGGUCCAGCGGUUUACCCGUGCGGGGAUCUACAGUGAACACUUAAAGCAGGCCAUUGACCUGAAAAUGAAAUUGCAGCUUGCUCUGAAGAAAUGUGAGGAACUGAACAUCAAGCCUGAGAGAGAGCCGAGGAGUAGGACAGAAGCCCUGGAGGACAGCGAGGAUGAGGACCAGGACUUUGUGGAAGUCCCAGAGAAAGAAGGUUAUGAGCCUCGAAUCCCUGACCACCUCCGGGCUGAAUAUGGGCUGGAGCCAGGAGCCCCACUGAAGACUCUAGAGAAGGGCACAGCUGUGUGCAGCUUACAGGAGAGGACAAGGAUGAGAAAGGAAGAGGAGGCAUCAGACCCCACCUCUGCAGCUGCCCAGCUGUUGCGGCUCCAGGAAUGCUUGCCAUCCACCUCAUCCUCCUCUCCCGGGGUACCCCUGGAGCCAGAGGAAGCCCAGAAGCAGGCUGAGCGGGCCCGAGCACCCAUUGUACCCUUCGGAGUGGACCUGUGUUACUGGGGCCAGGAGAAGCAAACAGCGGGAAAGAUCCUUAAAUCUGACUCUCAACACCGCUUCUGGAAACCCAGCGAGGUAGAGGAGGAGGUGGACAGUGCCCAUGUUUCUGAGAUGCUGCAUAGCCGACACAUUACCUUUGCAGGGAAGUUUGAGCCUGUGCAGCACCAGUGCCGGGCUCUGAAGCCUAAUGGCAGGCUCUGUGAGCGCCAGGAUCGGCUGAAGUGCCCAUUCCAUGGGAAGAUCAUCCCCAGAGAUGACAAGGGGCAGCCCCUCAACCCAGAGGACAGAGCCCGUGAACAAAGGCAGCGGUUUCAGCAGCAGCAGGCACAUCCAGGUUGGCAGGACCCUGAGUUUAUGAAGGAUGUGGAGGCAGCCACAGGGGUGGACCUCGGCUCAUCCAAGUAUAGCAAGAAGGGCAAAGGGAAAAAGAAGAAGCACCCCAACCUCACCGACCUGCGAGAGCGUGCCAACACCAGCCGGGCCCGCCUGGAGAAGAAAGUCUUUGCCAAGGCAGCCGUGCAGAGAGUAGUUGCUGCCAUGAACCAGAUGGACCAGAAGAAACAUGAGAAGUUUGCAAACCAGUUUAAUUAUGCGCUGAAUUGAAAGGGUGUGGGUGAAUGUGCUGUGGUCCCCUUUGACCUUCAGCUUACUAGGAUAGGAGGAUAGAUAGAUAGGAUAGAGAAUAUCAGAAUUUGUUUUUUAUGAGUGUAUAAGUAAUAAUGGAAAAGGAUACAUUAAAACACUCUUCAGGAAGCCAGGGAAUGUAGCUUAGUGGUAAGGCCAGAGUAUGGUUCCAACAAUUCUAACCAUGCAUAUGGCACACACCUAUAAUCCCAGCACUUGGGGGCAUAAACAGGACUGAGUUCUAGGCCAGUAUGGAUUAGAAAGGCUGCUUGAAAAGCAGCAGAAAGCUGUACGAGGUGACGUACACCUGUAAUCCUAGCACUUCGGAGGCAGAGCAGAAGAAUCAACAUAAGGUAAAAACUAGCCGAGUAUACGUAGUCAGUUACAGGCCAGUCAGACUUCAUAAGGAGAGUGUUUCUGGAGGCGGGGAUCCCCUCAGCAGAGCCUACAGCAUUGGAGUUCAGGGGUCAAGGCAGGCAUCCCAUCUGGUUGCAGGUCAGGCCUUGGGCAUAAGUGUGUCUCCAUUAGGGCUAUGUACUUACGAUGGCUUUAGAAGCCCACUCUUUCGUGCGCAUGCUGUUUAAUACAGAUGCACAACUCUUAGCACAGAACUCUGUGGAAUGGCUCUGUUGAACCCUAACUCACAUAUCAGCUCACCUAGUACAGGCACAGAUGUGUAACCAGUGACACUAUCUGCUCCCAGAACUUUAUCCUCUAGGAUGAAUUGCCUGCCCACCCCAUCCCUGAGCCCCCUGUUUCAGGAUUUGUGUUUUCUAGAAUAAUGGGGUCUGUCACUUUUUGUUUUUGCUUUUUGUUUUUUGUUUUUUGUUUGAGAUAUGGUCUCUUCAUGUAGUUCUGACAUUCUUGGAGCUCAGAUGUAGACCAGGCUGUUCUCAAACUCACAGAGGUACUUACUCCCACCUCUACCACUUGAGUACUGAGAUUAAAGGAGUAAGGCCAUGUGCCACCACUCCUGACUGAGUCCAGAGCCUUUUGUUUCUGGCUUCUUUCCCUUUAUUUUAAGGUUCUUCCAUAUUGUAAUACAUACUAAUACUUCAUGUCCACCAAGCCAGCCUUACAGAGAAUACUAGAAGUAAUACUUUGGACUGAAGAGAGGAAUACGCAUAGUUAAGAGACUACAGAAAGAAAAUAAGUGAAGCUGUAAUUACUGAAAUAUAAAAUAGGACGAAGAACACAAAAAGCAAAACAACACUUUAAAUGGUGACUAUAACAGCUUCGGCUCCAGUCAAGAGAUGCUGAUUAGUUGACUAGAUUAAGAACUCACCUUCUGGCUGGGCAGUGGUGGCACACGCCUCUAAUCCCAGCACUCGGGAGGCAGAGGCAGAGGCAGGUGGAUCUCUGCGAGUUUGAGACCAGCCUGGUCUACAAGAGCUAGUUCCAGGACAGGCCCAAAAGCUACAGAGAAACCCUGUCCAAAAAAAACCCAAAAAAUUCACCUUCAUGCGAAGGAUGGAAAAAGUGUUCUGAACGAAUGGGAGCAGGAGCAGCGGGUCUGCUGUAUAAACCAGGUGAACCUUGAACUCAGAGAUCUUCCUGCUUCCGCCUUCCAAGUGGUGAAAUUAAAGCCAUGUGCCACCUUGA